AGUGUCCGUAACAGAUGAUUUAACGCCCGAGGCGGAGCAGAUAGUCAACAAAGCCCAGCGCGAGGUACAAUCCUCCGCUCCGCUCGAUUCCAUGGUACGGUGCCAGGAAAUUGUUCCAAUUAUAUUCCUGGCGCACUGCCUCCUUCUCAGGGUAUUCAUGUGCUUUUCUAUUAUAAUUUGAGACUGUUGGCGCCACAAAACUUUUGCCCAGGCAUCCAAUUCAAAGUCAAACAACGUAUCGCAUCGCUACGAAGCGUUACUCCGCAUUCUCUAUCUACUACAUACGUCUGUGCUUAAGCUGAGCCGGAAGUGUCGCCUCAGGUGGUCAGGCCAAGAGUCGAUUGCUGCCUUCGAGAGCCAUAGAAAGGUGUGGUAUUAAACCUCGCGAUCAGAGCCCGGGAUCUCUCAUUCCUGAAAGAGGCCUGAGCUCCUCCUGAAGAAACUCAUAGAGCGCCAUCUUCUUCUCUCGCUACUGCGACCAUGUCGUAUCACCGAGUUCCUGAUCCCAAUGAUCCUCGAAAUCAUGGCUACCCUUCGCCGUCAGUAGAUCCUCGCUCUCCGUCGCCGCAUCUUCAAGACCCUUACUAUGCUGCCGGUCACCCAGGCUAUCAGCAGCAUAGUUCAGGAGACCUUGCGCUCUCUCCAGAGGAGCAUCAUGACGCUUUCUUCAAUCAGCCUUAUACGCCAUCUCCGCACGACGAAUAUCCGUUGACGCAAUAUCCUACGGAAUACCAGCAUGGCGACUUUGCGCAACAACCGUAUUACGCGGAAAAUGAUCAGGUACCGAUUUUGCAAUCAGGAAAUGCAUACGGACCUGAUCCUCACGAGCCUGAGGAAUAUUUGGCCGGUUAUGACGAGGCGUCUGCGCCCAUGGCCCCUAGCCCUGCGCCCAUUCGCAGAUGGAAGACUGUCAAAGAAGUACAGCUCUUCCAGGGCAAUUUGGUGCUUGACUGCCCUGUUCCACCUAGGCUACUCAACCAGAUCCACCACGCGCAACCGCCAGACCGUGACGAGUUCACGCAUAUGAGAUACUCUGCGGCAACCUGCGAUCCUUCUGAAUUCUACCAGGAGCGUUUCACAUUGCGACAGAGGCUGUUCGCUAAGCCUCGACAUACCGAGUUGUUCAUCGUGGUCACUAUGUACAAUGAGGAUGAUGUUUUGUUUGCGCGGACAAUGACCGGUGUCUUUAAAAACAUUGAGUACAUGUGUAAUCGGUCAAGCAGCCAGACCUGGGGCAAAGAAGCGUGGAAGAAAAUUGUCGUCUGCGUGGUGAGCGAUGGUCGUGCCAAAAUCAAUCCACGUACCCGGGCUGUGUUGGCCGGUCUAGGUGUCUACCAAGACGGCAUCGCCAAGCAGCAGGUCAAUGGCAAGGACGUGACAGCCCAUCUUUACGAGUAUACUACGCAAAUGGGCCUGGAGCUCAAGAAUGGCAUUGUCAGCGUGAAGAAGGGUACCACUCCAGUACAGAUGCUCUUUUGUCUCAAGGAGAAGAACCAAAAGAAGAUCAACUCCCAUCGGUGGUUCUUCCAGGCCUUUGGCACAGUUCUCCAACCCAACGUCUGCGUUCUGUUAGACGCUGGAACACGGCCAGGCAAAGAUUCAAUCUACCAACUCUGGAAAGCCUUUGACAUCGAGCCCAUGUGUGCGGGCGCCUGCGGUGAGAUCAAGGCUCUUUUGGCCCACGGAAAGAAGCUCGUCAAUCCUCUCGUGGCCACCCAAAAUUUUGAGUACAAAAUGAGCAAUAUCCUCGAUAAGCCUCUCGAGUCGGCUUUUGGAUUCAUCUCUGUCCUUCCCGGUGCUUUCUCGGCCUACCGGUUCGUCGCUCUACAGAAUGAUGCCAAUGGCGAAGGUCCGCUAGAGAAGUACUUUGCGGGCGAGAAGAUGCAUGGCGCUAAUGCCGGCAUUUUCACUGCCAAUAUGUAUCUCGCCGAAGAUCGUAUCCUUUGCUUUGAGCUUGUCUCGAAGCGGAAGUGUCACUGGAUUUUGCAAUACGUCAAGUCUUCGACUGGUGAAACGGAUGUGCCAACUGAGAUGGCAGAUUUUAUUCUCCAGCGUCGACGAUGGCUGAACGGCAGUUUCUUCGCUGCGGUUUACGCUCUGGCUCAUUCGUAUCAGAUCUUCCGGAGCAAUCAUAGCGCCAUCAGAAAGUUUAUGUUUCUGCUUGAGUUCUCCUACCAGACUAUCAACAUGCUUUUCGCGUGGUUUGCCAUCGGUAACUUUUUCUUGGUUUUCCGCAUUUUGACCACUUCUUUGGGAGACAAAGACCUUCUUGGUGAAGUCGGAAAGAUCCUUGGCCUUGUAUUUGAAUGGCUUUAUCUUGCGACGCUACUUACCUGUUUCGUACUUGCUCUGGGCAACCGGCCACAAGGAUCGAACAAGUUUUACAUGUCGCAAGUAUACUUCUGGGGUUGCAUCAUGAUUUAUUUGAUCUUUGCAUCAGUCUUCAUUACCGUGAAAUCAAUCCAAGAAGAGCUGAAGGAGCACCAUUUUAGCGUGGGCCAGUUAUUUGCCAACAAGAUCUUCUUCAACUUGAUGGUUUCCAUGUUGUCGACCUACGUCCUUUGGUUCGUUUCUUCGCUGCUGUUUUUCGAUCCCUGGCACAUGUUCACCUCGUUCAUCCAAUACCUUCUCAUGACCCCCACAUACAUCAAUAUUCUUAACGUAUACGCAUUCUGUAAUACGCACGACAUCACUUGGGGAACUAAGGGCGAUGACAAACCCGCCAAACUGCCCUCGGCAGUCACCAAGCCAGGAGGAAAAGUCGACGUCGACAUGCCCCAGGAUGACACCGAUCUCAAUGCUUCAUACGAGAAUGAAUUACGCGCAUUUGCAGCCAAGGCUCCGAAGGAGGUUCGAGAAGUCUCCCCGGCAGAAAAGCAGGAAGAUUAUUACAAGGGAUUCCGAAGUGCAGUCGUCUUGGUUUGGAUGUUCUGCAAUCUUGCGCUCGCCGCAGUGGUCCUCAAUGUCGCUGGUGUGCAGAAUCUCUCCAAGCAAGAUGACGACAAUCAAAGAGUGACAAUCUACAUGGCGGUUGUCCUGUGGAGUGUUGCCGGCUUGUCCGCAUUCAGAUUUACAGGCGCCAUGUGGUUUUUGAUAGUUCGCAUGUUCCGCGGCGUCUAAAUGCUGAUUAGCAUCUCCGCUGUCAAUGUUGAUAUGUGUCCGAGUCAUAUCCCAGCACGAAGAUACGAUUGAUAUACCACAUUGUUUUGUCUAUCUUGUUGCCAUGUCUACAGCGAUAGCAUUUUCUCGCGUUAUAUCAUAAAUUCUUUUGUUUCUUUUGAUUAGCUUUCUCUUACAAUGUAUUUCAAACUUUCAUAUUCUUCUAGACCAGCCAAUGUUUAAAGAUAAGGUAGUUACAAGUCUCAUUCAUUUCAGACAUAAGCCCGUG